AUGAGCACAUGCAGCUCAAGACAGAUAGCAAAGACAGGUCUUCGGGUCAACAUUGACAAGACAGAGGUAAUGCGACUCCUCAACAAACAGCAAACACCAAUCAUGCUUGGAGAGCAUAACCUGAAAGACAUAGACACCUUUACAUACUUAGGCAGCAAUGUCUCAGCCACUGGUGGAACAGAUGAAGACAUAAAAGCAAGGAUUAAUAAAGCACAACACGCCUUCAUCACCCUCAAGCCUGUGUGGAGAUCAACAGCACUGUCCACAUGUUUCAAACUCCGUAUAUAUAACAGUAAUGUUAUUAAGUCUGUGCUCCUCUACGGAUCCAAAACAACACCUCCAACAAACUACAAACCUUCACAAACAGAUGUCUGCGCCACAUACUAA